AUGUGGCUCCAGAUCCUGUUCCUCUUCCUGUCCGUGGGACGAAUUGAUGCUGCACCUCCUGGCCAGUCUCGGGUUGUUGGAGGAUAUAAAUGUGAGAAGAAUUCCCAACCCUGGCAAGUGGCUGUCAUCAACAGAUACCUCUGCGGGGGUGUCCUGAUAGACCCCAGCUGGGUGAUCACGGCUGCCCACUGCUAUAGCCAUGCCCUCAGCAAUUACCAUGUUUUGCUGGGCCGAAACAACCUAUUUAAAGAUGAACCCUUUGCACAGUACCGGUUUGUCAACCAAAGCUUCCCUCACCCUGACUACAACCCAUUCUUCAUGAAGAACCACACCCUAUUUCCUGGGGAUGACCACAGCAAUGACCUGAUGCUGCUGCACCUCAGUGAGCCUGCGGACAUCACAGAUGGGGUGAAGGUCAUCGAUCUGCCCACUGAGGAGCCCAAGGUGGGGAGCACCUGCCUUGCCUCAGGUUGGAGCAGUACCAAACCCCUUGAGUGGGAAUUCCCUGAUGAUCUCCAGUGUGUGAACAUCAAUAUUCUCUCUAAUGAGAAGUGCAUCAAAGCCCACACACAGAUGGUGACAGAUGUCAUGCUGUGUGCAGGAGAGUUGGAAGGAGGCAAAGACACUUGCAAUGGUGACUCAGGAGGCCCCCUCCUCUGUGAUGGUGUGCUUCAAGGCAUCACGUCCUGGAGCUCUGUCCCAUGUGGCGAAACCAAUAGGCCAGCUAUCUACACCAAACUUAUUAAGUUCACCUCCUGGAUAAAAGAAGUUAUGAAGGAAAACUCCUGA